AUGGGCCGUCUCCUAGCACUCACCCAGGCGGCUCUUUUCCUCAUAGGAGUCUGCUCUCAGUCGAUAGCCACGCCUCAUUUCCCGCCUCGUCCUCCUGCUGGCUACGGAGCGGCCAAUGCAGUGAAUUGGCGAGAUGAAAGCCCUUUAUCGUCUCCACCAGAGAUAAUUCUCGGCCCUACUCACAACCUAGAGGACAUUCCAGUUCGAGAGGUCGAUUCCGACGCUGGGGUUUUCGACUUGCAUUCGGUGUCUGACGAGGUUUACACGCGCGUUAGUCACCCCAUGUUUCCGCAUCAUAGUCUACGAAUCAAAUCUUCGAAAGGAUGGUGUGACUCUGUCCAGUCUUACACAGGUUAUAUCGACAUUGGAGCCAAGCACCUGUUUUUCUACUUCUUUGAAUCGCGCUCUCCUUCUUCAGACGUGAUUCUUUGGACCAAUGGCGGGCCAGGCUGCUCCUCGUCGCUGGGAUUGUUCAUGGAGCUCGGACCUUGCCAGAUUCUUUCUGCGGAUGACGUCGAUUCACCCAAGUUUAAUCCUUACUCCUGGAACAACAAUGCGUCCGUCAUCUUCAUCGACCAGCCUAUAGGCGUCGGCUUUUCCUACGCCGACUACGGCGAACAUGUCGGACGGACAGAGGAGGCUGCAAAGGACGUGGCCGCCUUUGUUGCCAUCUUCUUCGAAAAGUUUAUCUUCAAGAAGAGCACGACCGACGUCAAGUUUCACCUCGCCGGUGAGAGCUAUGGUGGACGAUAUCUUCCAGUCUUCGCCGCGGAGAUUAUGGACCAAAAUGCAUUUUUGAAAAGAGCUGGAUUCGCGCCCAUACCGCUUGAUUCGGUGAUGAUUGGAAAUGGUAUCACAGACUCAUUCACAAUGGCGACAAGCUACUACGACGUCACGUGUACCAAUGCUUCACUUCAACCCCUUCUUCCCAUUUCGACCUGUGCGCGGAUGCGUCGUGCAAUUCCGAGAUGCAAGGAAAUGCUCAAAGCGGAAUGUAUAGAUCGAUUCGAUACGAUGAGUUGCGCCGCCGCUUCUGAAGCUUGCGAUGCGGAGCUCGCCGCUCCGUUCUGGUCGAGUGGCCUGAACCCGUACGACAUAUCAAAGGAAUGUGACGGCCCAAUCGAAGAGACACUCUGCUACCCUAUCACGAAACACAUUGCCAAAUAUCUCAAUCUCCCCGAGACACGCAAGAUGCUCGGCGUCAGCAAGAACGUCCAUACAUUUAGAGGAUGCAGUGAUGCAGUCGGGAUCGAUUUCCAGAGCCACCUUGAUGGAAUGAGACAAACGGCGCUAUAUGUCGAACAACUGCUCGAGAGAGGAGUCAGAGUUCUUAUCUACGUCGGAACAUAUGACUGGAUUUGCAAUCACGUCGGAAACUACCGCUGGACGGCUGAGCUGCCAUGGUCUGGGCAUGAUGCCUUUAACGCUCAAGAGCUACGCGAGUGGAAGGUCGACGGAGAAGUCGCUGGCAUGACGAGAAAUGCCAGCGGGUUGACAUUUGCCACUGUCUUUGCAGCUGGGCAUAUGGUUCCGUAUGAUAAGCCGAAGCAGGCUCUGACAAUGUUGAACCGCUGGCUAGCCGGACAGGAGCUAUAA